CCCAACUCCCCCAGCUACGGGGCGGGGCGGGGCGGGGCUGCUCCUUCCUCCUCUUCGAAGAAGAAGAAGAAGAAGAAGAAGAAGCAGCAGCAGCAGCAGCCACCGCCUCCUCCGCUUCACUCCUCCCUGCGUCUUCCUCAUCCGCCCCCGCCCGUCAGAAGAAGAACAACACCAAGAGGCGAGAGCCACUGCCUGCUGCAGCCCAGACCCAGCCUGCCAUGGCGUCGUCCUCGGGGGGCCGGAGGAUGGCGCCCGGGGACUCACCCGCCGCCAGGAGGAUUCUCCGCACCCAGACCGCCGGCAACCUCGGCGAGUCCAUCUUCGAUAGUGAGGUCGUCCCCUCCUCGCUCGUCGAGAUCGCCCCCAUCCUGCGUGUCGCCAACGAGGUGGAGGCCAGCAACCCACGCGUCGCCUACCUCUGUAAGUCCCAUCUCCUUGCCUCCUUGGUCAUCAGGUCGCUUCUACGCCUUCGAGAAGGCCCAUCGCCUCGACCCCACCUCCAGCGGUCGAGGUGUUCGCCAGUUCAAAACCGCGCUCCUGCAGAGGCUGGAAAGGGAAAACGAUCCCACGCUCAAGGGAAGGGUCAAGCAGAGUGAUGCCAGAGAACUGCAGAGUUUCUACCAGCACUACUACAAGAAAUACAUCCAAGCACUGCAAAAUGCUGCCGAUAAAGCGGACCCGGCCCAACUCACUAAAGCGUAUCAAACUGCUGCUGUGCUGUUUGAGGUCCUAAAAGCCGUCAAUGUCUCGCAGAAAAUUGAAGUUGAUCAAGAGUUUUGUUUCUUCACUCUCCUGUCUUCGCACAACAAUUGUGAUUCUCACCUCCCACUGGAACCAACUGUUGCAGAUUCUGGAGACACACAACCAACGAGUUUUGUGACCAUUGGACAACGUGUACUUGCCAAUCCUUUGAGAGUUCGAUUUCAUUAUGGGCAUCCUGAUAUCUUUGACCGGCUUUUCCACCUCACAAGGGGUGGUGUAAGCAAAGCUUCUAAGAUUAUCAAUCUUAGCGAGGACAUAUUUGCAGGAUUUAAUUCAACAUUGCGCGAAGGAAAUGUUACACAUCAUGAAUACAUGCAAGUUGGCAAGGGAAGAGAUGUCGGUCUCAAUCAGAUUUCAUUAUUUGAAGCAAAAAUAGCAAAUGGUAAUGGGGAACAGACACUGAGUCGCGAUGUCUACCGACUUGGACAUCGUUUUGACUUCUUCAGAAUGCUAUCGUGCUACUAUACUACUAUUGGUUUUUACUUCAGCACAAUGAUUACAGUUUGAACUGUGUAUGUUUUCCUAUAUGGGCGCCUGUAUCUUGUUCUUAGUGGCCUUGAUGAAGCGCUAGCCAUUGGAAAGAGGUUUAUACACAAUGAGCCUCUCCAGGUUGCUCUUGCUUCACAAUCUUUUGUGCAGCUUGGGUUCUUGAUGGCGCUGCCUUUGAUGAUGGAAAUUGGUUUAGAGAGAGGAUUCAGAACUGCACUGAGUGACUUUGUACUUAUGCAGCUGCAGUUAGCAUCUGUUUUCUUCACAUUCUCUCUUGGGACCAAAACUCACUACUACGGAACCACACUGCUCCAUGGAGGAGCUGAAUAUAGAGCUACUGGGCGCGGAUUCGUGGUGUUCCAUGCCAAAUUUGCCGAGAACUAUCGAUUAUAUUCUCGCAGCCAUUUUGUCAAGGGUAUCGAGCUGAUGAUUUUGCUUAUUGUGUAUGAAAUAUUUGGGCAGUCAUACCGAGGAGCUAUCGCGUACAUUUUCAUCACGGUUUCCAUGUGGUUUAUGGUUGUCACCUGGCUCUUUGCACCAUUCCUAUUUAAUCCUUCUGGGUUCGAGUGGCAGAAAAUUGUAGAUGACUGGACUGACUGGAAUAAGUGGAUUAAUAACCGUGGGGGUAUUGGUGUACCACCAGAGAAAAGUUGGGAAUCAUGGUGGGAAAAAGAGCAGGAGCCUCUUAGACAUUCCGGAAAGCGUGGCAUUGUUCUUGAAAUAGUGCUUGCAUUGCGCUUCUUUAUCUACCAAUAUGGUCUUGUUUAUCAUUUGAACAUCACCACUCACACAAAGAGUGUGUUGGUUUAUUGCCUGUCAUGGGUCGUCAUCUUUGUAAUUUUGCUUGUGAUGAAGACGGUAUCAGUUGGGAGGCGGAAAUUCAGUGCAGAGUUCCAACUUGUCUUCCGGCUGAUUAAGGGGCUCAUAUUCGUAACAUUUAUCUCCAUCAUUAUAAUCUUAAUAGCAAUCCCCCAUAUGACAGUUCAGGAUAUAUUUGUUUGCAUCCUUGCCUUCAUGCCAACUGGAUGGGGUUUGCUUUUGGUAAGUGAUGAUAUCCAAGUAUAUAUGUACAUCAUGUAGGGUUUAUUUGGUAGGAUUGGGCUGUGGGGGUCGAUCAAGGCACUCGCCCGAGGCUAUGAAAUCAUCAUAGGCCUCCUCUUGUUCACUCCGAUCGCAUUCCUUGCUUGGUUCCCGUUUGUUUCUGAGUUUCAGACCAGGAUGCUCUUCAACCAGGCCUUCAGUAGAGGUCUGCAGAUCUCGCGUAUUCUUGGCGGGCACAAGAAAGACCGGGCAGCACGGAACAAGGAGUAGAUGGAGGCCGUCAUCGCUGGUUGUGCCCGUUGAUACUAGACUUACUAGUUUGCGCCUCUUGACUGUAAAUUAUGAUUUGGACGCACCAUUACCUUUUUGUUUGAACUCUGUUUGUUGUAGUGUAAUUGUAUGGCCGGGGUGCUAAGCAGUGUCUGUGCAAUGGCUGUUGUAGGAGAGGACGGUUGUAGUGCUGAUGGGCAUUGGAGACCCUGGAUGAUGAAUACUGGAGGAAAUUAACUUAAUACGCCAGAUCCAGAUUGUGGUUCA